GCUAAUGCGCUCCAACGUUGUUGGCGCCAGAAGGAAGAUCAGUGGCGCCAGCUCUACAGAAAGAGAGAGGAAGACAUUGCAGACAGUCGCAGGCAGCAAGGAGCUAGCUAUCGGUUGUGCAGAGCCCAUAAACAUUUUUUCAUCACCUAGCUAGUUAACAUAACCAGAAGACAAAAAGCCCUUUCUGACUGACUGAUCCAAGAACGACUACCAACCCGCUGUGCUCGCCAUACUAAGUGGAGCUAUCUUACCCCCAAGUCCCUCUAAGCUUCUCGUCCAGCACAAAAACGGAGGUCGUCGGGCUGGAGUGUGUUCUGAUGGCUGAGUCAGAGACUGAGUGUGACACACCCGGCCUUGACACGCUGGGGUCGGAGUGUGUCAUCGCCCACAGCCAGGUUGACCUGCACUACGCGGCUGAGACUGAGAUCAUGACAGAGGAGAAACGCGGCCUGGAACUGGAGAUCCACGGGGCCGACCUGGCCAAGAUCGAGGGGCUCACCGCGGUGGCCUGUGUGGACGCCAUGGUCACAGAGACGGACCAUGACUAUGUUACCAAGAUGGACCACCAUGGCGAGAUCCAGUGCUUCACCAUGGGGGGUGAGGGCAAGGGGGAGGCACUGCUGGGAGAGGUGCUGUUAAAAACUGAGACGGAGCAUAUGGUCAAGGUGGAGUCGGACCACGUGGGCGGCGAGCUGACGGUGGAGUCAGAGAAUGGUGUGGUGAUCCACGAGGCCCACGGCCUGCAGUGCAACGAGUGCGGUGAGAUCUUCGGCAGCAUGGCCGACCUGCACCAGCACUUCGAGAUCCACAAGGCCACCAAUCCUUACAUCUGUGUGCACUGCGGCGAGAGCUUCGCUGUGGAGUCAAGCCUCAAGCAGCACAUGAAGAUCCACAUGAAAGAGAAAGCGUACGCCACCACAGGCGUGGAGAUGGUGGGCAAGGGGGUGAUCGACACGUUCAACCUCAAGUCUCACCAGAUGAUCCACAGCCCAGAGAAGCCCCACCGUUGCUCUGAGUGCGGCAAGAGCUUUGCGGCAGCCAUCACCCUGCGGGAGCAUAUGAAGAUGCACUCGGAGGACAAGCCAUAUAAGUGCACCCAGUGCAGAAAGAGCUUCAUCCGCCGGCGCCACCUCAAGAAGCACCAGGAGCUCCACGCCAGGGAGAAGCCCUUCACCUGUUCCCAGUGCGGAAAAGGCUUCACCACGUCCUCCAACCUGAAGCAGCACCAGAGGACCCAUGCAGGGGACAAGCCCCACCGCUGCACACAGUGUGGGAAGUGCUUUGCCGCUGCCUCCACCCUGCGGGAGCACCAGCGGAUCCACUCUGGGGAGAAGCCCUACAAGUGCAACCAGUGCAGGAAGAGCUUCGUCCGCAAGCGCCACCUCAAGAAGCACCAGCAGGUCCACUCUGGUGGGAAACCCUACUCCUGCUCCCAGUGUGACAAGAGCUUUAACCACUCCUCUUCGCUCUCCCGGCACCACAAGGUCCACCUGGAGGCCCGCAUCUACUCCUCUCCUCCCCAGGGCAAGGCCUUCUCCUACGGGUCCACUAUGAAGCAACAGGCAAGGCUGCACCAGGGGGGAGGCAGAGGUGCGGGGGACAAACCGUACAGCUGCAACCACUGCGACAAGGGCUUCAAUCAUUCCUCCUCCCUAUCCCGCCACCAAAGAGUGCACUCAGAGGGGAAAAGCUACACCUGUGGCCACUGUGGGAAGAGGUUCAACCACUCCUCUUCCCUGUCCAGGCACCAGCGUGUUCACCAGGAGGAGAAGCAGCAGCAGGUGCAGCAACAGGUGGUAGUGCAGCAACAGUACAGCGCUGUGCCCUCGACAAAGGGAUUCCCCCAUACCACCAUCCUCAAACAGCGCAUCCUGGCCAGCGAAAAGCCAUACAGGUGCUCCCAGUGUGGUAAAGGCUUCAACCAUUCAUCCUCACUCUCCAGGCAUCAUAGGAUCCACAUAGACCAGUGAGCUUCUAGUACACACACCCAAACAUAGUCUCAUACACACAGCCCUGGCUGACACCCACCCCUGUGAUGUUUCUGUUCUACCAAUCGGUCCCAAGCUCCAGACAUGACACGACUACUGCGAAUAAAACCAGGCCAGCUCUCACAGUAAACAGUGUAGAGGUCAGGGGCAAGGAGUUUGUCUUUGUGGAGCAGUCAAAACAAAUGGACAAUGACACAACAAAAAUAUCCUUUUUCAAGAGGAGGAAGAAAUCAUAAAUAAAAGUUAUUGCCUGAACUUAAAGGACUUAUUAUAACCCUUUACAGAGGAGCUGUUGACAAGUUCCUUGGACCUUUGAGAUUAGUUUGUUUUCAAUAAAUUGUCUGAUAGACAUUUUGAAUGAGCCUGCAAUUCUCAUUUGUGAUUGUGCUUAAAUGUUUGCUCUGGAGACCCUCUUUUUGAUUGAUUGUUUUAAAGAGAUCAAAUCUGAUUGAUAAUCUAGAUCCGGUUUUCCUGAACUUGGUUCUGGACCGUUUUGUUUUUUGCCCUAGCACUAGGGCAAAAACCAAAACGUGCACCUGGGGGGGCAGCAAAACAGUUUUGGAAACCCUGAUCUACAUGAUAAAAAUGUUUUCUGACCAAUGUAGUUAUUUAAUUCAUACAUAAUACCCCCUUAUCUUAGUGUGACCACUUACACGCUUUACUCUGAGAAUUCAAGUCAUGAUGUAACUAACUGACCCGUAUGGGGGCGUCUCACUGUAUAUGACUAUAUGGAGUGCUUUUCAAUAUUUAACAUUUGAGGUCAAUCUCCCACACUUGGCUACUGAUGCAACUUGCUAUCAAGUCAUACUGUCUUGAUGGCAUAAAUUAGCCAUUUUGCUAUAUUUUUUUUGCCCCAUCUUACCACCUCACCUGUAAACUCGCGGGAAAAAAUAAGAAAUCCAUGUAAAUAAUUGUUGAUUUAUCCUUUUAUAUAUCUGUAUAGGUGGCUAGUGUGCAGUUUUGUUCCAGAAAUAGGACUUUUAUUUAUAUAAAAUUAGUAACAUCCCCAUAGUCUCCCCCCCCCCCCCCCCCCCCCCAUCCGUUUUCAUUUUAUUCAUUGUUUUUGUUUUAGGUGUUACAGAGCUACCAGGAAAUGUUGCUACUGCUCUCUUAUGUACAUACAGUCAAAUCUCGGAUCUGGGGCUCCAUCCAGUGUGAUGCAGCUCCAUGUGUAUCAGGUAAAGUGGAUGGGUAUGUACCUAGUGACGUGGUCAUACAGCUGAACAGACUGGAGAGCAAUACUGCCUCAAGACAUCGUAGUAUGGGAUGCAAUUAAGUCGUGAUAAGUGGACAAGAUGCAUCGCUUUAAAAAAAAUAAAACCACCCGGUAGCUUUAUUUGAAGUUGACUUGUGUCCUUUUUCAUUGAGUCCCUAUUGAUUUCUGUGUUCCCGUAUCAAAUGUACAUUGUUGUUAUUACAGAUAGACAAUGGACUGGACUCAGGUGUUUGAGUCUUUUUUUUCUGCUUUGGAGACUCAUUCGAUUAUCAGUGUAUAGAAUUAUAGUUAGCUUCAUAGGUCUUCACUCAGAUGAGAACUUCUAUCCUGAAUAGAUUUAUUGUGUAUACUAAUCUAUACGAUUACAGGACUAGGUUGCUUUUACUGACAACACUUAAUUUUGGACUUCCAGUUUAUUUUUUUGUGCAAAUUCCAUGGGAUUGAGCUCUAUUUACUGUUCUGUGUAAAAACAAAAAAUAAAAAUACUUUUUUUUUUGAUGGUUUGGGUCAUUUUCAAAGGAUAAAAUACAUAUACUGUUAUGGGAGGGAAUGAUAUUUUGAGCAGGUUCUUUUCCCCCUUUUUUUCCCCACAUUUAUGCUUCAAACCAUAGCAUAGGCUUAUUCCUUGUGUUAGAUAGGUGCCUUAUUGCAUGCUAUGUAGAAAUGUAUGCUGAGCUGUCAAUUUUUUAUUUUUUUUUGUUAUUCAUACUAACUUCAACAUUUUAAGAUGUCAUUACUUUCAGUCUUCUAUGUAUAUUACCAUGUGUUUACACACAUCUCAUUGUCAUUUAAUUUUCUCUCCUGUCUUUGUUGAUUGGCCUCAAUGUAGGUUUUCUUACUGAAGCUUAAUUAAGGAACAUACAUUUAGUUACAAUGUCAUCGAUCCAUAUAGGCUCUGCUUUCUGUAGAGGCCCCAGCCAGCCCCACCUUUCCCCCCAGAUCUCUGAGUGGAACAUAUGGACAAAUAAAGGUUGACUGUCAACAUCGCA